AUGUGGUGUGCGGUGGGUGCGUGUCCGCGCAGCCGGCACCGUGUGCGGUGCAGGGCCAUUGCGGCUGUGCGUGUGGCGCUGCUCGUGGUGUUGUCGCUGGUUGCGGCGGCGGCAUGGAUGCCCGCGGUGCAUGCGGUGGUGUUGCGACUGCGGGGCGGCACGGUGGACAGAGCCAUCACGGUGGGCCGCGCCGUGGACACGGUGCUGAUGGACGGCGUGUACAUCACGAACGGCGUGGCUGUGGUGUUCGACGUUGCGGCGAUGCUUCCCGGCGCGCUGCGCAUCGAACUGAGGAACUGCGUGUGCGACGGCGGUGCGCAGAUAUACGUGCGGGGCUACAGCGGUGAGCCGGCGAGUGACCGGAGCCUGGAGGUGAGCGUGAGCGGGCUGUCCGGGAGCUACUGCUCGCUCGUGUUUGUGCACAACCUGCCGGCACGCACGAACGUGACGGUCCGUGACUCGACGAUUGUGACGGCGGGGCCGAUGCGCUACUCCCAGCUGAGCGGGCUGACGGACGCGGUGGCGUCGCCGCUUGUGCUGCACGCGACGUCGCUGUUGCAGUCGCAGCUGCGUGUGAGCAACACUGUGCUGAGGUCGUCGCGGGCGGGCGGGUCGGUGGUGUACUUUGGCGGCGACGUGGACCUGCUGUCGAGCGCGGUGGUGCUUGACGGCGUGUCACUGGAGGCGUCGGGCGGUCCGACCGCGUCCGCGAUGCAUGUGGCGUCUUCGUCGCGUCUCAGUCUGCAGAGCCACUCGGUGUUCUCCGUGACGAGUGUGUCGGUUGUGAGCAGCGGCGGCGGCUUUGUGCUUGGAGAGCGCCUCGCGGUGUUUGAUUCGGUGCUGCGCUUCGUGCGCGUCGAGGGGUCUGUCGCGUCGUCGCUGGUGCGCUGCGACGGUGGGACGAUCGGUGGCGGCGGGUGGCUGGAGCUGCACGACGUGUGGGCGGUGGGCGAGGCGUCGUCGGUGGCGUCGCUGUCGGGUGUGACGCUGAGCGGCGGCGCCGUGUCGAUUGUGCGCUGCGCUGCCACUGGCGCGACGCUUGUCUCCGGGCUGGCGAUCACGAGCGGCGUCGUGUCGGUGCAGUGCAACCGUGCCGGCGGCCGCGUGUUGCGGAGCAGCGGCGACUACCGCAUGGCCGGCCUGCCCUCCGUGAGCGUGGUGCCGUGCGACGGCUGUGCGGCCGCGCUGGCGUGCUUCGAUGCGCUGACGGCGUCGUUCUCCGACUGCGUGUGCAGCUGCCGCGCCGGCGGUGUGGGCGAGGCGUGCCUGCCGUUCGACGUGCCGCCUGCGAGGACCGGCGGCGGUGGCGAUACUGCGCAGGACUGCGUGAGUGGCGUGACGCUGACGGAGUCCGUGACGGUUGGCGGCGGGCGUGCGACGGCAUGCUUCGACUCGGUGGUGUUCAGCGGGCCGAUCACUGUGGCGGUGGACCUGCGCUUGAUGGAUGCGUUCGCUGACGCACUGAACGUGACGCUGCGCCACUGCGUGCUUGCGGGCGGCGCGCUGCUGCGGAUUGGUGGCCUCAGCGAGAUCACGGCGCACCUGGUUCCGCACGCCCUCGUCAACAUGACGAACGUGACGUCGCUGGAGGGCACGAUUGUGCUGCAUGGCGCGAUGCCGCCGCACUCGACUGUGCUGCUGGCGAACUCAACGCUGCGCGCGACGGUUGGGGGGUCGCAGUACGUGCCGACGACCCCUGGCCACGCGGGAUCCCGGUACGGCCCCGCGCUUGUUCUGGACGGCGUCCGGCUUCUGUCGACGCGGUUUGUCAUGACGCGGUCGAUGCUGGUGUGCGGCGGAGAAUCGUGCGCUGCGAUCCUCGUGGAGCGCGGCCUCGUCGCGAACCUGACCAGCGUCUUCUACAUGGACAACUGCGUCGUUAUGUCGCGGACGCACGUGAUGUACGCUCUUGCGUCGGACCUGCGUGUUGUUAGCGGCUCCGUGUUCUCCAUACAGAACAGCUCGUGGAUUUUACCGAGCACCGAAUACUACAGGGGAGCGUGUAUGUUUGGGGACAUUGUGGUGGCUGGCGGUAGCGUGAUGCAGGUUGUGUCCAGCAAUUUCCGUCUUGGCUUCGCCAUGCUCAUGGCAAACACGUUGACCGUGGCUGGCGGCAGCUGGCUGGUGCACCGCGACAACGAGUUCCACACGGCCUACGUUGUGUACGUGGCCAAGGAGAACGGUGUGGCGUUCCGCGGUCGGAGUGUGUGGUCGAUACUUGACAACAACUUCACGUACGGCUCGUACUCGUCGACCACUGCGUGCAUGACAAGUUUUUGGUCACCACCAUCCGACACGCGCCCGACCAUCUACGGCAUGUGCAACGAGGCAAGGGGCUCACCUGUGACGGAUUACCAAGAAGAGCUUAAUAUUGGGACGCCCGUGACGGUGCUGGACUGUGGUGCGUGCACGGUGGACGCCGUGUGCUUUGCAGCGAGGACGAGCAGCAUCAGCGGCUGUGAAUGCGUGUGCGCUGCUGGCGGCUACGGUGACACGUGCCUGCCAGCUGCGGCUCCGGACGGCCUUGGACCGCUUCCGCUCCCCGACGCGAGGGACACGGAGGUCCGCUGCGUGCACGGUGGCAGCAUCGGCUCCGUGUACGAUCCUGAUCCCGGUGUGCGUGGUCUGUGCUUUGUCAACGUGACCUUCACCGCCCCGAUGUUGCUGGACCUGUCGUAUUUUGACGCGCCACAGCAUACACUCAACAUCACGCUGCUGCAGUGCGUCCUAAUGGGCCUGUUGAUCAGGGGGAGUGGUGCGCGCGUGCACGUGAGCGUGACAUCCUCGAUGCUGGAUUUUGGUGCAUUGGAGUUUACAGGUGAUUUUGGCGUGAGCUCCCAGAUACUGGUGGUGGGCAGUACGCUUGUGGCGACAGCGGGCCAC